CUAGCUCGGCUACACACCUUACAAGUCAAUGUCCUAACUUGUACUCUUAACAGUUCUCAUCAACUUGCACCAACUCUAGAGACUUAAACUUAACUAACUUAGUUAAAACUUAACAGAACAACAUUACAACCAAGUAGGUCUUAACUAAACCCUUUAACAAUUCUUCUUUGACAUGGACCUUGACCACUCAUACACCAGCAGGCCCAUAACACAUCAUUGUCCUUCUCGACUUCUCUUCUUUCACGAUUCUUCUUCUUCUUCGUUUAGCUUCCACGCUUCUGGUUCUUCAUCAUCUUAAUCUCACUUUUCUUGCCUUUCUCUUUUGCAGGAUUAAUCGAAAACUCAUCCCUCAACAGUUGUGUCCAAAUUCAUUCUCACAGUCUCGGCUCUUUUCUCUCCCUCCGUGGGAGUGUAUUUCUGACCUUAUUUUGGUCUCAUUCCAAGGUUUAUGGUGUCGGCUUCUUUCCGUCUUCGAACGGUGUCUAUCGUUUCUUCACCAAAACACCUCCUUUUCUAUUAUAAUAGAGUUUGUGUUCCUCAUAUGGUUUUUUCCGAUUCGGGAAUUGGAAGUCAAUCUUGGAUCUGGGAUCCUGGAAUACUUGUUUGCUGCUCUAUUGUUCAUGAGUUGAAUUUACAGCAACAUCAGUUUUAUCAUAAUCAAAUUGUGUUGGGAUGUUUCUGUAUUUUGUUAACACUUUUUUAUGUUAAUAUAAUUGAUUUGUGGAAAAAAAUAAAUAAAGAAGAAGUACAUUCAUAUCAUAUGGGAUUCAGUGGUUGGGAACUCAUAGGCUCUGUCGGAUCGUGGGAAGUGAUGCAUCACAGGGAUACACAAUCAGUUCGUCUACACAACAUUCUCAAUUGCAUAAAGAUUGAUUUACCUUGCAAUUCCAAGAGAUUUUCAACCACUGAUUUGCACCAUAUCUUCAGAUUGUUUACUGGUAGAUGCUACCAUAUUUUUAAUUUUACAUCCAUUUGAUUCUACCAUAUUUUUAAUUUUACAUCCAUUUGAUGUCUACUUGUCGAACCGGACCAAACCGAAUAGAAGUUUUAAAAUUUCGGUUUGGAUUCGGUUUAUUAAGGCAAAAUUGAUCGACAGCAUUUACAGUUAAAAUUCGUUGUAAGUUAGUUCGGUUCGGUUUUCCCAACCCUAAAUUUUACUUCCGCCUCUGUUUUUUUUCACGAUUUUAUUCUUCUCCAUCCUUCUUUCACGGCUUCACAUCGACGACGGAGGUAUCUCAGGUCUCACAUCGACGGAACGGAAGUGUCACUGAGACCAGUUCUCACAUCGAAUAAUUCGUCUCUGCUUCAUCUCUGUUUGGUGAGAGAAUAAAUGCGAUAGUUCACGCCAUGAGUAAAUACGAGCGAAAGAACUCGACGGGGAACUCAACCACCGUCACCAAGCGGAAGCGAUGUUCGAUUUCGGAAUCAUCGUAUAGACAUGAGUCAAUAACCCUAAAACCUCACCGUCCUCUUGCGCCGGGUUCAAGUUGGCGUAGUUGUAAACCAGUUAGGCCUGGUAAAUCUUCUCGGCGGCGGCGAAAGAGAACAAAGGAGAUAAUCUCGAGUUCCGGUGAGCGCGAAUGGGUGUUUUCCGCUACCAAUUUUGAAAAUCUCCAAGAUAAAGUAGUUUUAGUUUCGUACAAUCUACUUGGUGUUGACAAUGCGUCCAACCACAUGGACUUGUAUUACAACGUUCCCCCGAAGCACUUAGAGUGGAGUAGACGGAAACAUCUCAUCUGCAAGGAGAUUAGUCGCUAUAAUGCAAGCAUCUUAUGUCUUCAGGAGGUUGACCGCUUUGAUGAUCUCGAUGGUCUUCUUAAAACUAGGGGAUUUCAAGGUGUUCACAAGAGUCGGACUGGAGAAGCGAGUGAUGGUUGUGCUAUAUUCUGGAAAGAGAAAUUAUUUAAACUUCUAGACUAUCAACAUAUAGAGUUUGAUAGAUUUGACAUGCGAAACAAUGUUGCUCAACUUUGUGUUUUAGAGAUGAACCAUGAGGACCCAAAGUCUAAAUUAAGUGUGCGACCUUCAGAUCCUCGACGGCUAGUAGUUGGGAAUAUACAUGUCCUGUUCAAUCCUAAGCGUGGGGAUAUCAAGCUAGGCCAGGUAAGACUAUUUCUGGAGAAGGCUUACCAGUUAUCACAGGAAUGGGGAAAUAUUCCAGUGGUGAUUGCUGGUGAUCUGAAUAGCACUCCACAGAGUGCAAUUUACGAUUUCAUAGCUUCAGCUGAUUUGGAUACACAAUUACACAAUCGCAGGCAAAUUUCUGGCCAGUCUGAAAUGGAACCAAAGAAGAGGUCAUUUAGAAACCGGUAUGCAGUUAGGGCUGCAGUAUCCACAUCCGGAUCACUACCCAAUGUAUGGAGCAAGGAAGAACUACAGUUUGCAACUGGUGGUCAAGCAAGCACUCAUGUCCAACAUCAACUGAAGCUUCAUAGCGCAUAUAGUGGAGUUCCUGGUACUCAUAGAACGAGAGAUCAACGCGGUGAACCAUUGGCAACAACAUAUCAUUCCAGGUUCCUGGGAACAGUUGAUUAUAUAUGGCACACAAAGGAACUUGUUCCUGUCAGGGUUCUUGAAACCUUGCCAACUGAUGUUUUGACAAGAACAUGUGGACUACCAAGUGAGAAAUGGGGAAGCGACCAUCUUGCUAUCGCAUGUGAACUCGGCUUUGUCAAUGACUGACGAGGAGACUAAAGGGUUUAGCACCAAACAUUUGGACCUAGUUAAGUCACCUAUCUUGGCCAUUUGAGGCUUUUGAAUGCUAAAGGAGGCCUGUGAACCAGAGCUUUGAAGUAGAUUCGGUAAUAUUUGUAACUACGCAAAUUUUUGGCAAAGCACCCCAAUACAUAGAGUUGCUUACUUGAAACUGUUUCCAAUAUUUACUGUACCAACACACGAUUUUAUGGGUAAAGUACCUACCCACACGACUUGUACCUACUCUUUCUGCUUUAAAAAAGUUAAUACCAAAAUCGUAUGUUUUC